AUGGAGAGCGCCUUCAAGGAGUUGGGGGAAAAGGCUUCUGUGCUUGACUUUGACCCCAAAUCCGCCGUUGUUGGUGGCGGCGUUGAGGACAUCUACGGUGAGGACACUGCCACCGAGGACCAGCUUGUCACCCCUUGGACUUACUCCGUCGCCAGUGGAUAUUCUUUGCUGAGAGAUCCCCAGUACAAUAAAGGGCUUGCAUUUACGGAGAAAGAGAGGGACGCCCAUUACUUGCGUGGUCUUCUGCCUCCAGCAACUUGCUCUCAACAACUUCAGGAGAAGAAGUUGAUGAACACUAUCCGACAAUAUCAAGUCCCACUGCAGAAAUAUAUGGCUCUGACAGAGCUCCAGGAGAGGAAUGAGAGGCUGUUCUACAAACUUCUCAUUGAUAAUGUGGAGGAAUUGCUCCCAAUUGUCUACACUCCAACUGUUGGUGAGGCUUGCCAGAAAUUCGGAAGCAUCUUCAGGCGCCCUCAGGGUCUUUACAUAAGCCUGAAAGAGAAGGGCAAAGUUCUUGAGGUAUUGAAGAACUGGCCUGAAAGGACUGUUCAAGUUAUUGUUGUGACUGAUGGUGAGCGUAUUUUGGGACUUGGCGACCUAGGUUGUCAGGGGAUGGGAAUUCCGGUAGGGAAGUUGGCUCUGUACACAGCGCUUGGAGGAGUUCGUCCCUCAGCGUGUUUGCCUAUAACCAUUGAUGUUGGGACAAAUAAUAAGCAGUUGCUGGAGGAUGAGUUCUAUAUUGGACUUCGACAAAAGAGGACAACUGGGAAGGAGUAUGCUGAUCUUUUAGAUGAGUUCAUGAGUGCUGUCAAGCAGAAUUAUGGGGAAAAAGUUGUCAUUCAGUUUGAAGAUUUUGCAAACCACAAUGCUUUCCAGCUGCUUGAAAAAUAUAGGAGGACUCAUCUUGUCUUCAAUGAUGACAUACAAGGAACAGCUGCUGUAGUUCUUGCAGGAGUUGUGGCAGCACUGAGGUUGGUUGGUGGUAGCCUGUCCGAGCACAAGUUUUUUGUUCCUUGGUGCUGGGGAAGUAAGGAAUUUUUCAUGGAUUUCUGUCUUCACUACAUAUUGCUGGCUUAUCAUGCUGGGACGGGUAUUGCAGAGCUAAUAGCUCUUGAGAUCUCACAAAAGACAAAAACUCCUGUGGAAGAGACCCGUAAGAAGAUCUGGCUUGUUGAUUCAAAGGGAUUAAUUGUUAGCUCUCGCAAAGAUUCUCUUCAACAGUUUAAGAAGCCUUGGGCUCACGAACAUGAACCCAUUGAUAAUCUCCUUGAUGCUGUCAAGGCAAUUAAACCAACAGUUCUUAUUGGAUCAUCCGGUGUUGGAAGAACGUUUACAAAGGAAGUGAUUGAGGCAGUAUCCUCCUUCAAUGAGAAACCUCUCAUUUUGGCUCUUUCCAACCCGACGUCUCAGUCUGAAUGUACUGCUGAAGAAGCUUAUACUUGGAGUAAGGGACGCGCAAUUUUUGCCAGCGGAAGUCCAUUUGAUCCUGUUGAAUACAAUGGCAAAGUUUAUGUUCCUGGCCAGUCCAACAAUGCUUACAUUUUCCCUGGAUUUGGUCUCGGUUUGGUUAUCUCUGGCGCAAUCCGUGUGCACAAUGAUAUGCUUCUGGCAGCCUCGGAAUCGUUGGCGGGGGAAGUUUCAGAGGAGUAUUUUGAGAAAGGGCUGAUUUAUCCACCAUUUUCCAACAUCAGAAAGAUUUCUGCCCAUAUAGCUGCUAACGUAGCUGCUAAGGCAUAUGAACUUGGCCUGGCUACACGUCUCCCCCGUCCUGAGAAUCUUGUGAAGUAUGCUGAGAGUUGCAUGUACAGCCCUGUGUAUCGAAACUACCGUUGA